ACACACACGCGCUUGUGCUGCUGGAAGGACAUGAGGCAGAGGCCAGGACUGACUCUGCAGGUGAGCUCCGUGAUUUGAUCCUGAGCUGCUUCUUCCUACUGCACUUCACAUUCUCUUAAACAUAAGGACGACCAGCAGGAUUUCAACAUCAUUACAUUGGAAAACAGGAGAACAGCUGACCACCAACCUCUCUUCUCACCCCGCUGUCGCCUCAGUCUUAAAUAAUCAUGGCGGAUCACAGCAAGGAGACAGAGCCCACCCCAUCUCCACCUCAACUUCUGGAGCGCCGGCUUCGACAGCGACAAUCUACAGCUUCGGUUCUCAAAAAGAAGCUGAAGCAGAGUGCAACAUGUUCCAUCCCAAGAGUCCGCUCCACCCUGAUCGGGUUCUUUCCUGUGGUCCAGUGGCUCCCUAAGUACAAACUGAAAGAGUACGUGUGGGGGGACGUGAUGUCCGGUUUGAUCAUCGGUAUCAUCCUGGUACCACAGGCCAUCGCCUACUGCCUCCUGGCCGGGGUCGACCCCAUCUACGGCUUAUACACCUCCUUCUACGCCAACAUCAUCUACUUCUUGAUGGGCACAUCCAGACAUGUCUCUGUGGGCAUCUUCAGCCUCAUGAGUCUCAUGGUGGGACAGGUGGUGGAUCGAGAAGUGUUCCUGGCUGGUUUUGACCUCAAUGAUGAGUCUGCGGCAUUCAAUUCGUCACUGAACCUCUCCAACGCCGCUGGUCAGACUGUGGAGCUCAUGGGAAUGCAAUGUGACAAAGAGUGCUACGCCAUCUGCAUCGCCGCCGCUCUGACCUUCCUGGCUGGGGUCUACCAGGUCCUGAUGGCUGUCUUUCGGCUCGGUUUUGUCUCGGUCUACCUGUCCGCUCCAAUGUUGGACGGCUUCGCCACGGGAGCUUCCUUCACCAUCCUCACCGUUCAAGCCAAAUACCUGCUGGGCCUGAAGAUUCCACGUCACCAAGGUUACGGCACAGUUGUUGUAACCUGGAUCAACAUCUUCUCCAACAUUCACAAGACCAACGUGUGUGACCUCAUCACCAGCGCCAUCUGUAUCUCAAUAUUAGUGGCGGGGAAGGAGAUCCAGGAGCGCUUCAAGGACCGUCUGAAGAUCCCUUUACCCACUGAGCUGGUGGUGGUUGCAGGAGCCACACUUGCCAGCCAUUACGGGGAGCUCAACAGCCAUUAUGGCACCGCCGUAUCUGGUCACAUCCCCACAGGUUUCAUCCCCCCACAAGUGCCCAGCUUUGGCCUGAUGCCUAGAGUGGCCAUGGACGCCAUUCCCCUGGCUGUUAUCAGUUUCGCUUUCACCGUGUCAUUGUCCGAGAUGUUUGCGAAAAAGAACGGCUACACGGUUCGUCCCAACCAGGAGAUGCUGGCCAUCGGCUUCUGCAACAUCAUCCCGUCUUUCUUCCACAGCUUCACCACAAGUGCCGCUCUGGCCAAAACCAUGGUGAAGGACUCCACCGGAUGCCAGACUCAGGUCUCCAGUGUCAUCAGUGCUCUGGUCGUGCUGCUGGUUCUGCUCUUCUUCGCACCCUACUUCCACGACUUACAGAAGUGUGUCCUUGCCUGCAUCAUCAUAGUCAGCCUGCGCGGGGCCUUAAGGAAAUAUAAGAACAUUCCCGCGAUGUGGCGCACCAACAGGAACGAUGCCAUUGUUUGGUUGGUGGCCAUGUCAGCCACGGCUCUGAUCAGCAUCGAGCUGGGUCUCCUGGUUGGAGUGGUGUUUGCCAUGAUGUGCGUCAUCUACAAAACCCAAAAUCCAAAGGUUUCUCUGCUGGGCCAGGCUGAUGACACUGAGCUUUACGAAGACCUGGAGGAGUACGCGAACCUCACAGCCCCACCUCGAAUUAAGAUUGUGCGCUUCCAGGCUCCUCUUUACUACGCCAACAAAGAGUCUUUCCUCAAGUCACUCUACAAGACAGUGGGAGUGGAGCCCUUCUUGGAGCUGACGGCGAGAAGAAAGGCAGACAAGGUAGCUAAAGAAAUGUCUGUAAACGGAGGGGGAAAUGGAGAGCUGGGGGUGGGACUGGUGAACAGAGAGCUGGACUUCCACACCAUCGUGUUGGACUGCUCCGCCAUGCCCUUCAUUGACUCCACCGGCGUGGCCACGUUCAAUGGGCUGGUCAAAGAGUACAGAGAGAUUGGGAUCCAGGUGCUUCUGGCCUGCUGCAACACCUCGCUGGUCGACAGCCUGCAGAAGGGUCAGGUCUUCGGGAAGACUGACUCAGACAUGAGCAGCAUGCUGUUCCACUCUGUUCACGCCGCCACCGUCCACGCCGGCCUCAGUGGUACGCACAGGACGGACGACUCGCUGGUGUGAUUAUGGAAAACCAGAAGUCCGUCUCCAGUUACAUUGACACACACUGGAAUACUGAAGCACAAAACAAAAAGAGUCGACACACCCCGUGACUCUUAAGGUGUCAAGUCUGAAAUGACAUUCUAGUUUGCACCGUUCUUCACAAAUAAUCAUGGCUGACUUUUCGCACAGACUUGUUGAAGAGUAAUGAAUGUACAUCAUUCACUGAACCCACUAACAUGUAACAUGUAGCCCAAAACACACGACCGUGUUUGAGUUGAAAUAAUGGAGGAUCAUUCAGUAGAUGUUUCGAUGGCAUUUCAGAGCAGAACUUUGAAGCUCAAUGCUCCCAGUACAAGGUCUCGGGAGCUUUUGUCCAGACUGGAGCUGUUGCCACAGACUCAUGAUACCAAAUUAUUUGAACAUAGAAUGAUUUUUGUGGCUUCUAGCUCAGCUCAGUGAGUGGAGUCGUUCAAAAGACGCGAAAUGAUUUCAUAAUUCUUGCAGUAAUAUUGUGCACUUUUAUUUAUAGGUGAGUGAUUUCACUUACAUUUAAGAUAUUAAAGCAAGCGUGUCCACAAAUGUUGGUUAUUUUACGGAUGGAGUGAUGUGAGGUUGAAGUUCACAUAGGGACAUUCCUGACUUAUUUUAAAUUAUUGUUUUUAAUCUAAACAUUGAUUUAAAGCAUGAUAAUAAAAAAAAAAUGACAGACCCCAAUUCAGAUGUAUAAUAAUAAUAAUAAUAAUAAUAAUAAUAAUAAGUUUUCACCUUGUUUUUCAGUUCCUCAAUGAAAACUAUUUGGUUACAGAUUAUCACAGAACACAUAGAAAGAGUCAAUGAUACUACAAAAAAGAAAAAAGAAAAAAAAAACUCUCAUAUAUCCAAUUGGGAGACUUUGGUCAGCGGUGAUAGUGCUUCAGGAGUCCAGAGUCCAGAGCGAGUCACUAUCAGCAGCGCCAACCAUUACCCUGCUCCUAAAAAUCAUUCCUUAAAGAAAAGUUUAACUUUCCGGACCAGAUGUUUUAAGUCAGUGUCGGAGACUAAUGAGGAGGAUUGCCACCGCCGCCCAACCAACCUUGCCUUAGUGAAGACAGAGAAGGACUGACACGGUGUCAACAUCAUCUCAGGGUUGAAUCUAUUUUUAUUCCGCUUUUUAUUUCCUCCUUAGCUGGCAUUAGUCUUUGAGUUACUUUUAUAUCUAGAGUCAAAAGGUUUGUUCAUGGACUGAGGAGAACGCCUUAUUUGUUUAUAUAGAAAAGGAUUCAAUGAUUUUGUAUGUCCCUUUUUCUAUAUUCAUGUAACAGUGCCUGACUGCUUUAGGCUCAA